AUGCGUCACUUGGCAGAACCUUCUGCUCUUGCAGCAUCUCUUUCUCUUCUCAUCUCUUGCUCUUAUGGUGUCAACCCUGAUGUCCUGGCCACCAUUUGCUCCCAAACUCAAAACCAAGAAAUCUGUGAGAGUAUAUUAACAAGCGAUCCGCGUACUAGCUCGGCAGACCUCCCCACACUCUCAUUAAUAUCACUUGAGCUAACAAUGAAACAAGCUAGUGACAAUAACCAGAGUUUUACACAAUUUCGUGACAACACUACCAAUCCGUCUCUCAAAAAUGAUUUUUCCAAUUGUGUGACGCUUUACAAGGAUAUGCAAGACAAGCUCAAUGCGGCUUACCUGUUGUCAAAGCAGAGAAAGUACAAGGACAUCACUGAUUUAGGCCAGUUGACAACUCUAGCUUACAAUUGCGAAAAUGGCCUCCCUUCUGAUUCACCUACUGCUGCUAUAACCGAAGAUAUGCUCUUGACUAGCCAGACUGCAAUAAGUGUCAAUGCAUACGUUGCUACAUAA